AUGAAGCUAUUCCAAGCUUACCACUUACUCAUCUUCCUUUUAUUAAAAACAACAUCAGCAAGUGAUCCAAAAUAUACCAAGCCGGGUUGCCAAGUUAUGUGCGGGGAUGUGAUAAUCCCCUACCCUUUUGGGAUUGGGGUAAAUUGUUCUGUGAGUGAACGGUACAAUGUUGAUUGCAACCGGUCGACGCCAUAUCUACCUGCACUCAACAACGUGCAGGUAUUAGAAGUAAACUUAGAAUACCAAACCGUAACAGUUAAUGUCUCAAUGAUUUCCGACUGCCACAAUCUUAUCCGUACUAGCAGUCAAAUCUUGGGCAUUGAACUUGGUGAAAGCAGCCCAUUUCUUUUUUCCAGAUUACACAACCUGUUUGUUGUAGAGGGUUGUGGUAAUGCGGUCAUCUUGGACCAAGGGACUGCAGUCACCGGUUGCUCAACAACUUGUCGCAAUGAGAGUGUUGGCGUGAAAGACAAGUGCCUUGGCAUUACUUGUUGCCAAACAAGACUUCCUUAUUAUCUUAAGAGUUAUAGCAUGGAUCUCACCGGCUUGGAAAGGCAGGGUGGGGAUGAAGCUUGUGGGUCUGCCUACUUGGUGGACAAGAAGUCAUAUGAUGAGGGAAGGUUUUCUAGCAAAUCUGUUGCCGGGGACAACACUUACAUCCCCAUAUCACUGCUGUGGACUUUGUCAGAGCGUGAGUCCAGUCAAAUAGAGUGUUGUUUUUCGGGGUUUAAUAUUUUCAAAGCUGAUACGGGAAAUGGUGGUUCAAUCAAGUCGUGGAAAUGCGUUUUUCCAAUGAGCAAUAAAGGAAAUCCUUAUUUAGUUGAUGGAUGCUACGAUGAUGAAAAAUGUGCAAGGUGCACAGAGGACGGAGGUGAGUGUGAAUACUAUGAUGUAUAUGAUGAUUAUGACAGGAUUAGCGAAUACGAGUUCGUUUGUUCUCACGUCAUGAAGGGUAAUCGAAGACAUUCUAAACCCACGUUAUCCAUUGGUGCUAUUCUAGGUAAUGGUUUAUCAUCCAUAUACAAAUUAUAUUCGAGAGGAGCUGUUGAAAUUCGUCAUCCAUAUACAAAUUAUAUUCGAGAGGAGCUGUUGAAAUUCGUAUUAGGAUUAUUAUCCACUUUUCAUAAUCUUUAA